GCCCUCCGCCUACCUACCUCGCAGCCCUCCGGCCACCCACACACCAUGUCGUCGCUCGCCGUUGCCAGCAGCAGCAGCGCGCCCCUCGCGCCCGCGCCGACGGCCUCGGCCAGCGGCGUCUCCUUUGCGACGCUGGCGCACCUCCUCGAUGCCCGCCUGCUGCGGGCGCUGGCCCAGCUGCGCUUCGAGCGUGCCACGCCCGUGCAGGCCCGCCUGCUGCCGCUCGCGCUGGCGGGCCGCGAUGUGCUUGCGCAGGCGCCGACGGGCAGCGGCAAGACGCUCGCGUAUGCGCUGCCGGCCGUGCAGAGCAUUCUCAAGGCAAAGGAGGCUCUUCCGGCCACCUCGCCAUCUCGGCAGGCUACGCGCGUGCUCGUGCUCGUCCCGACACGCGAGCUCGCUGCGCAGGUGGCAGACCACGUCGCCAAGCUGCUCGCAUGUACCGAGCAAGACGACGUGCUCGUGCUGGAUGCGGCGAGAGUGGGCGGCAAGGGUGUGCAGAAGCUGCUGCUGUCUUCUCGGCCAGACGUCGUGAUCAGCACGCCCUCUCGGGCGCUUGCGCACCUCUCCUCUUCCGCGCUUUCCUUGAGCUCUCUGCAGCUGCUCGUGCUCGACGAGGCAGAUCUCAUUCUCUCAUACGGCCACUCGUCCGACAUUCUCGCGCUGCUCUCGUCCGGCUCGAUGCCGUCGCGCUACCAGACGCUACUGCUCUCCGCCACGCUCGGCUCCGAGGUCCGCGCGCUGCUCGGCGCACACCUGCGGCGGCCCUUGACGCUGCGCCUUACACCGAGCAUGCAUGCCAGCGCGCUGGCGCAGUACAGCGUCUCGGUGCAGGCGCAGAGCGACAAGUUCCUGCUGCUCUAUGUGCUGCUGCGUCUCAAGCUUGUGCGCGGCAAGGCGCUCGUGUUCGUCAACUCGACGGAGCGCGCGUACCGGGUGCGGCUCUUCCUCGAGCAAUUCGGUAUCAAGAGCACGGUGCUCAAUGAGGAGCUGCCCGCUGAGAGCAGAUUCCACAUCGUGCAAGAGUUCAACAAGGGCGUCUACGACUACAUCAUCGCGACCGACGACUCGCGCAUCGGCGCAGAUGCCCGGCCAGUGCUGGCAGCAGACGACGAAGAGACGGAGCUGCCGGCAGGCCCAGAGUUCGUGCUCGAGGAGGAGGAGGAGCAGGAUGAGGAGGCAGCUGUGGCCAAGCCUGACGAAGGCAAGGGCAAGAAGCGGGAGCGCGCUCAGGAGCUGGCAGAGGAGGAUGCGGAAGAGUCCGAUGGCGAGGACGCAGUGGCCGAGGCCGAGUCGGACGAUGAGGCUGCGCCAGCUGAGCCUGCCAAGAAGCGCAAGCGGGACACAGACGCCAAGGGCUCGUCGGGCUCGCGGCGGAAGGGCAAAGGCGCCUCUGCAGAGUACGGUGUCUCGCGCGGCAUCGAUUUCGUCUCGGUGGCGUGCGUCAUCAACUUCGACCUUCCCGUCUCUGCGCGCGGCUACACGCAUCGCAUUGGCCGCACUGCGCGUGCAGGCCACACGGGCACUGCGCUCUCCUUCGUCGUGCCGGGCGAGGUGUACGACUCGGAGCUGCGCACCAACGCCAAGCGCCACGCCGCCUGCCCCACGGCGCAGUUCGACGAGGAGGUGUGGAAGCGCAUCGUCGAGAACCAGCGGCGACGCGGCGCGCAGGUCAAGGAGUGGACGUUCGACCGCAAGCAGGUCGAGAGCUUCCGCUACCGCAUGGAGGAUGCGCUGCGCAGCGUCACGCGCGCCGCCAUCCGCGAGGCACGCAUCAAGGAGAUCAAGCAGGAGAUCCUCAACUCGGAGAAGCUCAAGGCACACUUCGAGGACAACCCACACGACCUGGCGUACCUGCGGCACGACAAGGCGCUGCAUCCGUCGCGCGUGCAGAGCCAUCUGAAGCAUGUGCCCUCCUACCUGAUGCCGCGCAUCGCCCGCCUGCGCCAGCCCGACGCCGCCACUGCCAUCAGCGAGGGGAGCGACCAGCCGCUGGCCGGGCCCGCCGCCGAGGAGCGCGGCGUCGGCUAUGUGCCGCUGCGCAAUGCACCGCGAGGCCGAGGCUCGCGCGGUCGAGGAGGCCGUGGAGGCAGAGGCGACUCCCGCGGUGGCCGUGGCGGCGGCAAGAAGAGCGACCCGCUGCGAAAGUUCGGCAAGUGACGAGCCUCGAGAGAUGCAGUCGGCACGUAAUGGUACACUUCGUCACUGUCCGCCUCCGUCUUCACACACACACUGCGCUGUCUGCGCGUCAGUUCGGUGCGCAUGAGUGACAUUGCUGGUCUAGCGCAUGCUGCCUGCAACAGCCGGCGCCUGCGAAGAGUAGUUGCGGCGGCGAGGGCGCUGCCCAGCUGCUGCCGUGCCGCUGCUGCUCGGCGGCGCGACAGCUGCCGGGCUAGAGGGCGCAAUCGCGGGCCCGCCGCCUGAGCCGCCGAAGUAGUGCGAUCCCACAAAGGCGCGAUGCGCCGGCGCCGAGUUGGGCGAACGGGCAGCGAUGGCCUCGGCGCUGCCGCUGCUGCCGCUCGAGGCGAUCGACGGCGGCGCCCAGCUGCGCGAGC